UUUCAUCUUUGCCAAAUACAACAACGAUCUCUCAAGUAUCCAAAACGCAAUCGCCAAUCGCCAUGGAUACUACUACCAAGUCGUCGGUGUCAUCCCUUACCUCUGGAGCUCACCGCCGUAUUGCGAUCGCCGUAGACCUAAGUGACGAGAGUGCGUUCGCUGUCCGUUGGGCCGUCCAAAACUAUCUCCGCCCCGGAGACGCCGUCAUCCUUCUCCAUAUCCGCCCCACCUCCGUUCUCUAUGGCGCCGAUUGGGGAGCCGUCGAAGGACCAACCGCCGCACCGACAACCGAGGAAUCGCAGCAGAAGCUCGAACACGAUUUCGAUCAUUUCACCACCGCCAAGGCCUCCGAUCUGGCCCAGCCACUUGCCGAUGCACAGAUCCCUUUCAAGAUCCACAUAGUGAAAGAUCACGACAUGAAGGAACGCCUUUGUUUGGAGGUAGAAAGGCUUGGAUUGAGUGCUGUAAUUAUGGGGAGCCGAGGGUUUGGUGGGGCUAAGAGAAGAAGAAGAAGCAGCAGCAGCAAAAUUGGAAGGCUGGGAAGUGUUAGUGAUUACUGUGUGCAACAUUGUAUUUGUCCGGUGGUGGUAGUUAGAUACGAGGAGAAGGGAGAUGAUGAAUGUUUUGAUAGCGAGGACAGUGUGAAUAAGAAAUUGGUGGUUGCAGCAGCAGCAGGGGAGACAGAGCUUCAGCCUGUCCCUGAAGAGGAGCAAGAAUAUCUUGAUGCUGAUGAUGAUGAUGAUGAUUAUGAUGUGGGAAAAGAAAAGUGAAGAAUUAAUGGUAAAAGAAGUAUGUCGAGAAUGAAGAUGAAGAAGAAGAAGAGGUUGUAGAAUAAAUCUUUUGAGCUAAUCCGGUUCUUCCUUCUUUUUAAAGUAGUGAUUUUCAUUGACAGAAGAAGAAGAAGAAGAAAACUAUGUUAAAUUAUCUGGUGUGUUGUUAAAUAUUUGUUUGCUCUUCUCAAAAAGAAGCCAAGUCAAUGGCUAAUGGAAUGAAUUGUUAAUUCUUAUGUUGGUUUUCUUA